GGAGCGGGCUUCGCGCAUGCUCACACGGAGCUCUGGCUAACUCCACUUCCGGUGUUUGCUCUGGCUGCGUCGGAGCCGGGGCUGCGUUGGGCGGUGCGAAGAGAGGCCCUGCUGCCGGCGAAGGCUGUGGAUUAAGACGUGCAGAAAGUACCUGAUGUUCUCGGUCUGAAGUAGGUAUGAGUGAUUUCAGCGAAGACUUGCUGAGGCCCACGGCAGAGGAUGACCCAGCGGAAACCAGUGUCCGCCCUCGUUCAGGAAUGUGUCUUCCUUGGCUCCAAAAGCAAGUAGAAAGUGUGGCGACCAGAGGGAAAAAGGAGAAGGAUUUUGCUCAGACAACAAGUGCCUGUUUAAGUUUCAUCCAAGAAGCCCUGCUGAAGCAUCAGUGGCAGCGAGCAGCCGAGUACAUGCACAGUUAUCUGCAGAUCCUGGAAGACUCGGACAGCAACAAGAGGCAGGCUGCGCCCGAGAUUAUUUGGAAACUCGGAAGUGAAAUUCUCUAUUAUCACCCCAAAAGCAGCGUGGAGACUUUUAAUACCUUUGCAGACAGGAUGAAAAAUAUUGGCGUCUUGAAUUACUUAACGAUCUCCUUGCAACACGCGUUGUACCUUCUGCAUCACGGGAUGUUCGACGACGCCAGCAGAAAUCUCAGCCAGGCGGAGACGUGGAGAUACGGUGAAAAGUCGUCUUCCCAGGAGGCGUUAAUCAACCUCGUUCAGGCCUAUAAAGGGCUCCUGCAAUAUUACACUUGGUCUAAAAAGAAGAAGGAACUGUCCGAGCUUGAUGAGGAUGACUAUGCUUACAGCACAGCCUCUCAGAACAUGUUCAAGCACAGCUGGAAGACGUCCACCAACUUCUCUGCAUUGAUUCAGACGCCCGGAGUUUGGGACCCUUUUGUGAAGAGCUAUGUAGAGAUGCUGGAAUUCUAUGGGGAUCAAGAUGGGGCCCGAGAGGUCCUCACUAAUUAUGCCUACGACGAAAAGUUCCCAUCCAACCCGAACGCGCACGUCUACUUAUACAACUUCCUGAAGAGGGAGAAGGCACCAAGAGAGAAACUGAUAAGUGUGCUUAAGAUUUUGUAUCAGAUUGUACCGUCUCAUACACUGAUGUUGGAAUUCCAUAGGUUACUGAGGAAAUCAGACAAAGAAGAGCACCAUAAACUGGGGCUGGAGGUACUAUUCGGUGUCUUAGAUUUUGCUGGAUGCACUAAAAACAUGACUGCUUGGCAAUAUUUGGCAAAAUAUCUCAGACAGAUCUUAAUGGGAAGUCACCUUGCCUGGGUUCAGGAAGAGUGGAAUUCCAGGAAAAACUGGUGGCCAGGCUUUCACUUCAGCUCCUUUUGGGCAAAAAGUGAUUGGAAGGAGGACAAAGCUUUGGCUUAUGAGAAAGCUUUCGUAGCUGGAAUAUUGUUAGGAAAAGGUUGUAGAUAUUUUCGGUAUAUUUCAAAACAAGAUCAUCAAGACUUAAGGAAGAAAUUUAAGCGGAUGAAGAAGUUAGUGAAAAAACACAGUAUUGUAAAUCCAGGACCCUGAUACUGAAUUUUAGUUAUUUCAGAUUAGUAGCUACAGGGUAGUAGCUUAAUGGAUAAUUAUUGAAUGUACUUAUUUAUUUGGUGUUUUAAGAAGGUAGUUUUAUAUGGCUACAAAAAAGUUAUUUUUAUAUAUCUUUAUAUUUUCUCUUACUAGUAGUUAUAGCUGGAGAAACAGUCUCACUACCUUUGUUCUUGGUAAAUAUAUUUCCUUUUUGUACUGUUAAAUAUAAUAUUUAUUAAGGAAUAAUCUUCAAAUAAAAUAUAUAUUUAUUUAAUUAGAGAAUACACCUCUACAGCAGUUAUUGUUAUUUGCAGAUAAUUUGCCUGACUUUGUGCAAUAAGACAUAACUGUGGGGCUGUUAAA